AUGUGUGAGGUUAAUGCAGACUUUUCCGAAAACUGCAGUCACAACGCCAACCAAGGAAGAGCCGCCGUGGAAAAGAAAUUAAUUUUAAGGAACUUGCUGCUCCUCUUAUCAGCUCAACACCGUCAAAGGAGGCAGGCUUUUAGACGGAAUCAGGAGUUUAAUUGCAAUUCAGCCGACUUCGAGUUUGGUUGUCGGCCAUUAAAGGGUCCACAGACACCACCAACUCCACUUUCGUCGAAGAGGUACCUUCCCAGGACCUCCUCAAAGCCCCUAACGGAAGCUGAGUUGAGUUUACGCAGACCCACAAGUCACAACUCCCCGUUGAUUCGACCAGCGCAGAGACGAUUCACCUACGGAGGUGCAAAACGAUACUUCCGUGGCUACUGUGAUGCAGGACAUAGCCGCUACAGGGCCCCAGUUGGACGAAACUAUUCAUGCAACAGUGCCGCAAAGUUGAAUCAAAGGUGCUUUGAAUCGUCCGAACACCCGGCCACCUCCUACGCCUCGAAGAUCCGCUCCACGAAAAGGGUGGUCGACUCUCAGGACUCCGAGCUAUCCCCAUCGUCAGCAGGAACCGUUUGCAGCCGCAGCGAUUGUAAGUUGAAGGAGGAAGAGGAGUGGCCUGAACACGGGUGUGCCAGAACGCGUCCUUACACCGGAAAAUCGGAAAAGGGAACUCACGUUGUAGACGGUAAUGGAAGUUCAAGCUCGGGAGAGGUACGAAGGUUACCUUUGGCAAAACGCAGAAGGGAAAGGGAGUUUGUGCGAGACCAGACACUGGACAGAGCUCGAAGAGAUUGUGGUUGGUCGGUUGCUAGGCGACAAAGGACCCCACCGAUCCGUCAAGGCUGGGAGAUUGGACGACGCGGUAGAUUUGUUGGUGAUAAAGACGUCUGUAAACAAAUGAGGGGAAGGUGGGGAGAAGGACGGUGUGUUGGGGGCACAAAGUUCAAUCUUUUCUAUUAA